UUAACUUAAGUAAAGUAAUUGAUAAUUAAUCUCAAACAAAAUCUCUGGCGGGGAAAAUAUUAUGCGAAUUAUCUCAUAGUACCUAAAAACAAUGGACAUUUUCCCUUCCCCUCUUCCCAAAAUAACAAGGAGGAAAAUCAUAAAAUGAGAAAAGAAAAAAGAGUUUGGGAAUUGACCAAGUCAGGAAGAGGAAGAUGCAUGCAGCAAGUGGAUUGUGGAGUUUGUUCUAACAACAAAGAAACUACUCCCCCCCAAAUUUAGCUCCACAAAAGCUAUUCCUCCAUCUUUCUAUUUGCCUAUGUUGCCUGCCUUCAACCAAAUUUGGGAGGAGGGUACAUUUGCUAAUUUUCCUCCCCUUUCUCCAUUUCUUGGCUUGGGGAGAGAAACCCCCCAAGACCCAACAAAAGCAAACAGAAAUUAGGACAAACAAUCAGGAGGGAAAAAAAACGAAAGGAACCCAUCUUUGCCUCCCUCCUCCCAGAAACAAGAAAUCAAAAUCCAAAACACCUCUGGACCUCUGUAUUUCAGCAAUACAAGCCCUGCCCUGCCUCGACCCCUGCUGUUAUCUGCGCUGAGGGGGGGUUGAUGGUGGCGAUUGACGGCAGCAGCUUGGCAAAAUGGGAAGCGACACGACGGCGAUGAGGAAAGUCAUGGUGGUGGUCGACCCCAGCAGGGAGGCGGCCGGGGCUCUGCAGUAUGCAUUGUCCCACGUUGUCACCGAGAAAGACGAGCUGAUCUUGGUCCACGUCGAGACCCAGAACUCGUGGAAGAGCACCUUCACCUUCUCCUUCCUCCGGAGGACCGGCAUCUCAAUCCCCGCCGUCAACAACAACAACAACAACAACAACAUUAACAACGGCAACAAUCAGUCCUCAUCGGCAGCAGCGGGAGGGGAAGGGAUGGCAGAGGGAGAGGUCGAUUUCUUGGAAGCCAUGAGGCAGCUGUGCGAGGCGGCCAGGCCGCGGCUGAAGGUGACGGUGGAGAGGCUGCAGAUGGGAGCCAAGGACAAGGCCAGCGUCAUCCUCUUCAAGAGCACCGCCAUGGGCGUCGACCAUCUCAUCAUCGGCCAGAAGAAGAGCCUCUCCAGCGUCUUGUUAGGGAACACGAAAUACAAGAAGCCGGGAGGGCUAGGGCCGAAGUCACUGGACACGGCAGAGUAUUUGAUCGAGUACAGCAAGUGCAACUGCGUGGGAGUUCAGAAGAGGGGACAAACUGGAGGCUAUCUUCUCAAUACCAAGACCCAGAAGAACUUCUGGCUCCUCGCAUAACAUAUAUACAUGAAUCACAAUGUAUGUAAUUUUGAAGGCAUUCAAAUCAUCAAUUUCAUGUUUGAUAAUUGAAGUUUUCUUAAACCCUAAAAAUACUAUUUUUUCUUCUUCUUCAUUUUUCAUUUCUCAUUGAACUCAGUGAGGAAAUAUAUUUGUUCUGUUUUGCCCAAAAACAACAGAAUCACACUCAAUUACUUGGGAUGAUGACUCGGGAGAAUCUGCAUUUUUUAGUUGAUUCUCACCCUUUGUUCAAAACCUUAACAACAAUCAAUGAAUCUAUGGUUGUGCAUGUAAAUGUUCUGUUUUUUCUCAUUCCUUUUCUUCCCCACUUUUUUUUUACCAAGUGAAAAUGGGAGUUGUAAGUGUCUAACAACAGAAAUGGAACUCUAACUUACAUAAUUGUUUUGUAUUUACCUUGAUCUCGUUUUCCUUGUUCCCAAAGGAUUAGGCUAAAUAUGCAUAUUUCAAACUCGAGACAGGAGUGAUCUAAAUGAUUCGACCAUAAACUGAACAUUUCCGGGUAAGGGUGUAUCACUCAAAGAUUAGAGCCCAGGAAAAAAAUAAAGAUGAAGGAAGAAAUUUGUACCCCUAGGAAUUCUAAAGUUCAUCGUGCAUGCCUGCCUCAAUGGACUUUGUCUUUGCGGAUAUGCAUUUUGGGGAAUUCGAGCAUGAUUCUUAAUGCCUUCUUCAACUGCUUCGCAUCUGAAGUCCCCUUUUCCAGCCAUCCCGGCCUUAAGUGCAGCAAUUACCGUUCUUUGCAGCCUGAGUAGUCCAAUGCAUUUGUGAACAAGAAGAACCCCAUUGCAAUUACCAAUGUGUAAAAAAACGAUCCAAGAACUAUUAGUCUUGGUGUAACAGACAAAAUUGUUGUCUACCUCCACAGAAUACAUAAUCCACCUUUUUUCCUCAGAGUACCUGUCGAUAACAUCAUGUCGUUGCAUAAUGGAUAGUAGGUUUCUUGUUCGCAUCAACAAUGAGCGAAA